ACGUUACUCUCGGGAGGAUAACACCUUUCUUCUUGUUUUUGCUGGCCGUUUAUCUAUCCCCACCAUAUUUCUAAGCAUCAUCUUUUUCCCCUGGCAGCACAAUCAAAAGUAAAACCCACAUGAUAUAGAAGAACAGUGGCUAAUGGCUAAUUCCAUUAUUGCCUUGUGAACUGUGAUGAGAAUAAUAGUAGCAAGCUCUAAGGAAAAUGGACGGUCUUGCUCUCAUCACCACAGCCAUGUCCGGCAAACCCUUCUUCACCGGCCGAACCAGCCUUCUUUCAAUUUCACCGAAGAGAAGAAGUGCUAUCAGAAUCCUUUAUUUCAAUAAAAGAUCAAAUGCCUUCAUAUUUUGUGCCUCACGGGAUGAGGCCCCCAAGCUUGACAGGUUUGACCAGAUGGAACUCAAGUUCGGGCGCUUAAUUGGCGAGGACCCAAAGCUUACGCUAGCCAAGAUAAUGGGAAGAAAGGCAAACCCUGAAGCUUCUUAUCUUGAUAUUGAGAAAUCCUUUUAUAAGAAUAAGGGUAAACUUAUUGCGGUAGGGGAAGUUCCAUUUGAGGGGUCUAAGAGGAAAUCUUCAAGUUCGCUAGGAUUGGGUUUAGUACGACCUGUUCCUGUUAAAGGAACAAAAUUCAAAUCUGAUGAUAACAAAGCCUCAUUGGAGAUUAAGAAACGAACCAAACCAGCAAGUAAGACAGUGAAUGUAACAAAAAGUAGCAUGCCAAAUGUCAUCUUAAGAAAGCCAACUGUGCAUAAUGAGGAUGGCAAUGAAGACAUUUCAUCAAAGUUGAGAAUAAAACCAAAUUUGUCUCUAAAAAUGUGGAAUGGGCAAUCAAAGGACAAGUUUAGUGACAUGACACUAUUGAGGAAGCCUGAACCAUCAUUCACAAAGGACACUGAUCAGACUCAAGAGUCUUCUGCUCCUGUGAAUGCCCAAAUGACCAAUGAUAAUGAUUUGAAGGUGAUGAAAGAAGAACCAGCUGAUAUGACCGUAUUGAGGAAGCCUGAGCCAUCAAUUGCAAAGGGGACUGAUCAGAAGCAAGAGCCUUCUGAUCAUGCAAAUUCCCAAAUGAACAAUGGUAAUGAUAUGCAGAUGAGAAAAGAAGAGUUAGAUGAUAAAACUGGAAACUUGACUUUGCUGGAACGUCCAGACAAAGCAACUGGCAAAAGGGAAAGUGAGGGGUUUGGAGAAGUGAGCGUCAUUGAUGAUGGGUUGAAGCAACACAAGCAGAGACAUUUGGAGUCUCAUCAAGAGCAAACUGAUUCGAAUCAACAUUCAGAUUUAAAUUCAGCUGAUUAUAGUGUCAAGUUGCCUGUUGAGGCUGCACUGCAGGGAAAACCAACAAGAUUAGACCGGUCUGUGAAACAAACUUCAAAAUCUCCUGGAGAAGCGACUGGUUUUGAGAAUCCUGGAGAUUACAACAGCACUGUUGAAUUAGAAAAUCUCAUAGCUAUGACAAACUUUCAGGAAAAUGAAGAUGCUGAUUGGACCAGGGCUGAAGAUUUGGUUAGGACUGGAGAUAGGUCAGAUGUGGAACUAAUAAGCUGUAGUACCAGAGGUUUUGUUGCGUCUUUUGGUUCCUUGGUAGGAUUUCUGCCAUAUCGUAAUCUUGCUGCCAAGUGGAAGUUCUUUGCUUUUGAGUCUUGGUUAAGACGAAAGGGCUUGGAUCCAUCAAUCUACAAGCAAAACUUAGGCAUUAUUGCAAAUUAUGAUGCUGAAAACAAGUAUUUUCCUCGUGAUUCUCCUCAACACAUGAAGAUUGAUAAUAUAGUUGAAGAGAAAAUUUCACCGGAUAUGAAAUUGGAAGAUCUGUUAAGGAUUUAUGACCAAGAUAAAAUUAUGUUCUUGUCAUCAUUUAUUGGCCAGAAAGUUAAAGUCAAUGUAGUAUUGGCGGACAGGAAACUAAGGAAGCUCAUAUUGUCAUUAAGACCAAAAGAGAAUGAAGAGUUUGUUGAGAAGAAGAGAAAUCUUAUGGCUAGACUUCAAGUUGGUGAUAUAGUAAAAUGUACCGUCCAGAAAAUAACUUACUUUGGCAUUUUUGUUGAGGUCGAAGGAGUUCCAGCACUAAUUCAUCAGACAGAAGUAUCAUGGGAUGCAACUUUAGACCCAGCAUCAUAUUUUAAGAUUGGUCAGGUUGUAGAGGCAAAAGUUCAUCAAUUAGACUUUGUGCAUGAACGCAUAUUUUUGUCACUAAAGGAGAUCAUGCCUGAUCCAUUGUUGAAGUCCUUGAAAUCUGUAGUUGGGGACCAUGACCCCAUGGAUGAGAGAUUGGAAGCAGCUCAAACUGAUGAGGAGUGGUCUGAAGUGGAAUUUCUUAUCCAAGAAUUGCAACAGAUUGAUGGGAUCCAAUCUGUUACAAGAGGUCGCUUUUUCAGGAGCCCUGGUUUAGCUCCAACAUUUCAGGUUUAUAUGGCUUCCAUGUUUGAGAAUCAAUACAAGUUGCUUGCUCGGUCUGGAAAUAGAAUACAAGAGGUGAUGGUUCAAACAUCUUUGGAUAAAGAAGAGAUGAAGUCAGCAAUUCUGGCAUGUACGAAUAGAGUAGAAUAAUAGUGAUUGUAGAGGUAAGCAGCUUAUGGCUUGAUCGUUGGUUAUUGUCUACUAAACCGGUAACACACUGCAAUCUAAGGAGCAUUUGUGGCAAUUACUUGUGCAAAAAGCUGGAGGAAGUAGACUAUAAUGUAUACUAUAUGGGGAGGGUCAAAAUCUUAUUCCUCAUAGAGGCAGGUUUUGAAUUUUGUACAUACAUUCAUUUUAUUUAUGUUGUGCAAUAAAUGUGUGUUAUCAUUCUUAAUUGUCGAAGGACUAGUGUCCUUAGCUGAGCAUUGUGUUCAUCCAGGCUAUCAAGUGGACCUUUUUUUCCCCUCA